AUGCCCCGUUUCAACAAACACACACCCGGCCCUAGAGCCUCCAAUCUUUACCCCAUCCAUUCCCGGAUGAACUGUCCGGUCCCUUCUAGUCCUUUAGAGAGGGGUCAAGUUCUGGGCUCGCCUAUUCAAUUGGACUCUCGAGAGUUGUCUCGUCCUCCGAUUCUGAACGCGUCACCAAUUGUGCCGCCAUCGUCAGUCAGAGGCCAGGCAUCUGGCUUCCCCAUUGAGCUUGAUUCUCAAGGGUCUGCCCUGUCUCCAUUGGCUGAUCCGCAGACAAUCACGCGGCCGGUUUCUCCCAAAGCCACCCAAGCCUCUAGAGCUGAUUGGGCUACUUCCGAGUGGUGUCGUCCGGCUUCGAACAGCCGAGGUUCCUUGGGUUCUCCGGUGGCUUGUUGUUCUUUCGAGGUUGCAGAAUUGUUGUUGAAUCACUUAUUGUUGCUUCUUAGUUCCAACCGCACAGUCAUUGAGGAACCGUGGACACUCCCGCAGGCUCCACGUCCACAAAACCUGAGUACGCCCAGCAAUGUCCGUUCCGCUGUCCACAUCGCGCCUCCUACUUUGACUUCUGCCUCUCAAGAAGAGUCGGCAGUCUCAGAUGAAGAUGAUUUAGAAUCUUCUUCCAGUCAGCACACCGCCUCCAGUAAUCAGUCCUAUCCGUUUGUGUGUCAACAUUGUGUUGCCUCGCCUGAUCCUCCUGGAUUCUACGACGUUGACAAGUUCCAUCUCCUGAGGGAUCAUCAGAUUGAUUCCCUCCUUAGUCGUUCAGCGGAUCCAGCAAGGUUUGAUCGGUAUGUGCCUCGAGAGUUUACUGUGUUCUAUCAGUCGGCCGCUAGUGGGUUUGUAGCCUACUGUAAUGCCGAGCGCCCUUUGUGUCCUCGUGAUCAGGCCCAUCGGGUCAGCCACUUCAAGUUCCUCAACCGUAGUUAUAUGUCACUUAGGCGUCACUUUUGUCACUUGGAGUAA